AAAUAUUAAAAAUGAGUCUCUAAGUUUAUCAAGCACCACAAUCCCAAUCAAUCAAUUCCUAUCUAGUCACACUUAUAGAUGGAACUGGCUCCAUGAGUGGAGAGUAUGAAUAAGCAGUCAAAGCAUAUUAAUAAGUCUUCUCUUAUCUUGGAGACCAGAAGUUAGAAUAUCAGUUCCAAUCUGAACUCUAUCCAAUCCUUCCCUUUGUUGGAGUCAAUGGAUGUGGUGGAAACAUCACAAGUACUUUCGAAGACUUAUUUUCUAUACUCCUAAGCGAACAAUAUCCAAAAAAUAUUACAAUCCUAUUUGUGAGUGAUGGUCGAGAAUCCUUUUAUAUUAAUUAGCUUCUCACUCAAAUCGAAGAAAUGAAGAAAAAGUUUAUGAUUCAAUUCAUUAGUUUAGCUGUAGGAGACAGAUUUCCUAAUGAAAUCAGUAAUAUCUUAAGAAACAAAAUUCAUAAUCAUGAUCCUAACUUUUAAUCACUAUUUAAAGUUAAUAGACAUUAUGCAAAUUCUUAAGAUAUAAUCUAUAAAGAAUUUCAUGCAUGCUUUUUAAAAAUUAAAGAACUGAUAAAAGUUCAAGAUGGAAUCAUUCAAAUUAAUUAACCUGUCUAGUAAACACUCGUGUCCCCAUUGUCAAAUUAGGUAAUUGCAGGUAGUCUCUUUUGUGCUAAAACAGAUGGUUAACAAGAUAAUGAAAUUUGUGCUGGGCCUACCAAAUUACAACCCAAAACUACCGAUAAAGAUAUCAAUGAAUUUAUUGUUGGUUCCUUAUCCUAGGCCAUCAAUGAUCAGAUUGCCAACAAAAAAAGAGACAAUAAUUCCUUCAAACAGAUCUCUGAUGCAACCCCUUAACUUUUAAAGUAAAUAAAAUCAAUUAAAUCUACCUAAGAAGAACAAAAAAAAAAUCAAGAAGUAUAUUCAUUAUUAGAUGAAUUACUAUCAUCAAAUCUAUAACUGUAGACCAUGAGUGAAAAUCAAAUCACCUAAUUAUAACGAGGUUUAUUCGAUCAAUAAGUGUCUUUGAAUUAAAUUAUUAAUGUUAAUUCCCGUGAUAUUAAAAAAAAGGGUGUUACACCAGAGAUUCUAAAUGAAAGGCUAGCAGAAUAAUAUCAAAAAUUAAUUGCUCCAGAAACCUUUCAAGAACCAUUUAACUUAAAAAACUAAUAAUUAACUUUACUUGAUACUACUGAAUUGAUUAUUAUUGAAACCCUUAAUAAUCACAUUUCUUAUAUUCAAGACAAUCUAAAUGCAGAUCAUACCAAACUCUUAACAGAUUUUCUAACUUCAACAUAAGAAUCCCUAAUCAAAGUAUUCACUGCUUCAGAUUUUAAAGUUGAAUAAGAUCAAUAAAUUGUAUCCUUCAAAUAAAUGAACAAUUUGUUCUAAUUAAUAGAUUAGACCAUCAAGAAAUUAAUUAGUAUUUCAAACUUUCUGGUUCUUGUUAAGAAAUAUCAAUAGAAAAGUUAAGUUAUUGAUGGUGUGGAUGCAUCAAAUGCAUUAUUUUCAUCAAAUGACGAUUAUAAAUAUUUACCAAAGGAACUGUAAAUUUUAUUAAAAGAAGGAAUAGAACUGGAGGAGGCUGAAAAAUGUUUAAUACUUAUUGUGGAUAUAAAUGAUUCUAUGAGAAAUGAAUCUUAAGUUGCUAUAGAUUCAUUUUAGACAAAAUUUAAUGAUAUACCUGAACAAAAGAAGGUAAUUUUAGUUUGGUAAAAAAAUAAAUUUUCGUAAUUGUAAUAAUAAUAAUAAUAAUAAUAAUAAUAUGAUAGCUUAUUAGACUAAUUUAAAUAACUUGAUUAAUAAUAUGAUUUAUCUAAUAAAAGAAAUAGAAUUUGUUUAGUUACUGAUGGAUAAACUGAUUAUUAGCUAUUGCAUAAAUAGUUUAAAGUUUUAAAGUUUCAUUAUUCCUUUUAAAUCAUUUAUUUGACUGUUGGAUCCUAAAUACAUUCUAAAAUUGGAAAUGAACUAAAAUCAAAAUAUUAAGAUAGAAAUAUUAAAGGAUGUCCUUUAUUACUUAAUGUGCCAAGAUCUAUUAUCUAAUCAACAUAAAAUACAUCUUAAAGAAUUAAAGAUGUAUUCAAUAAAAGUUUUGAAGAUAUUUACAAGCAUUUUAAAAAAUGA